UCAUGCUGCUGCCAGGUCCACAGUGUCCAGAUGUCUCUCAUGGGUCCCUGUACGGCCUACCAUUGCUGCUGACGGUCUCCAUUCGCCACACUCUGCCAAUGUGGCCACUUUCAGGGUUCUCCUCACACUGCUGGUUGUGUUCCAUUUUUUUGUUCAUUAGGGGUGCUGGCUAGAUUUACGGGCCUCCGUAUGAGCUGCUGCCUGGCCCCUAAUCUGCCAUGGGACCCUGUACCGCCUCCUCAUGCUGCUGCCAGGUCCACAGUUGGUCCUCAGUGCCAUGUGCCUACUUUCAGGUCUCACUCACACUGCUCGUGUGUUCAAUUUUUUUGAC